AAUUUCCAAUCCCAUAAGACAAAGUCUGACAGAGCAUUCCUACAAUACACACUUUUGUCCACAAGAUGUAGCUAUUGAUAUAGGAAUAAAACAGCAAUUGUUGAUUUUCAAAAACUUUGUGAGAGUGCCAUUUAAAGUCAUAUUUACUAUACACACAUCAUGGGAACACAAUGACUAAAUAUAAUUUCACUUCAAAAGCUGAAACAGCAGGGGGCAGCAGUCUGCCAAGUAGUCAAGAGGUGUGUUCUCAUACACAAACCGGAAGAAUUUAAAAGUGAAGUUUUGACAGAGAAAUUUCAUUCCUCUCACUGCCCCGUCAUGACUGGCAGAGGGAGGCCACGCAAGGCAAAGAGUCCUGAGACUAAGGAUGCCAAGAGCAAAACCAGACCCGAUGAAAUUAAACAAUUAUCUCUGCCCAGAUGUCCACGGAAAGACUUUACAGAAGAGAAGCAGAAUGGUGUCAUGAAGGAACAGAAACCAAAGGAAAGGGAGCAGAAAAAGCCAAACCACACUAUUGAGAAGCCAUCUGUACAGAGUGCGCAAAAAGAAAAGACCACAAAGCAUUUCACAGAGGACAUCAACAAACAGCAAGAGACACCUUCAGACAACACAAAGGCCCCUGUACGAGGACCAAAAGCCAAAACCUGUGCUGGCCGGGCCAAAUCAAGAGAACAAUCUGGAGAGAGAGUGAGAAAAAUGAGGCUAGAGUUACCAAAGGACACGACGAAAGAUUCUAUAGAGAUCACAAAAGCAAAAAAAUGUCCUGGCAGGGCCAAAUCAACGGAACAGUUGACAGAGGAGACAACAAAGAUGCAGCUAGAGACACCAAAGGACAUGACAAUGGAUUCUAUAAAGAUCACAAAAGCAAAAACAUUUGCUUGCAAAGCAGAGUCACCUGAAAAAUUCACAGAGGAGACAAUGAAGAUGCAGCCAGAGAAACGUAAAUACACUACAAAGGCUUAUGUACCACAGCACAAGUGUGAAGACAAAUCUGAGGUGGCCUCUAUUCUCUCCACAACUCUGGAAAAACUGAAGAUUAAGAGGCAUGACAGAUCAAAUGCAGCCAAAGUCAUCAAUGAAAUAAUAAAAAACAUAAUCACACAUUUAAAAAAGAAAACUGAAUGCUUUAAAGAAGCAGAACAACUACAUACUGGCAGUUACUAUGAAAAUGUUAAGAUUUCCCAUCCUGAUGAAUUUGAUGUCAUGCUGUCCAUUCCUGUUGACCGUGUGGCCAUUAAACCAUUUGGAGAUGAUGGAGCAUUUUACAGUGUGACAUUAAAACGUGGCAACAGCCCUCUGAAAGAAUUUCAGGAAAAUGACAUUUUAUCUGCCAGUAAAAUGCUCACGGAGUUCAGGGAAGAAGUGAAGAAAUGUGUCAAGCCAUUUACAGAAUGGAAGGUGACGACAAAGAAAAAAGGCUGCCCUGCAGUGACCUUGACCACAAAAGUACAAUCAGUCACCAUUUCACUGGAUGUUGUUCUCUGUCUUAGGGUUAAAUCAAGUUGGCCACCUUUUACCAAUGAAGGCUUUAAGAUAGAAGGCUGGCUGGGAACUAAAGUAAAGCGGGAAUACAAGCUAAAGCCAUAUUAUCUUGUUCCAAAGUAUGAAGGCAGGGGCACAGUGGAACGUGACGGAGUCCUUGCUAAAGACAGUUGGAGGAUUUCAUUCUCUCAUGUUGAGAAAGACAUUCUGAAGAAUCAUGGAUCAGAGAAGACAUGCUGCGAAAAAGAAGGUGAACGCUGCUGCAGAAAGGACUGUUUGAAGCUCCUAAAACACCUUCUCAGUCUGCUGAAAGAGAAGAACCCUUCAUUUGACAAGUUCUACUCCUACCAAGCCAAGACCACCCUCUUACAUGCCUGCUGCUCUAGAACUAAAGACAGUGAAUGGAGGGCCUCAAGUCUGAGCCAAUGUUUUCAGCAGCUCCUGGAGGACUUUGUGGGCCAUCUGGAAAAAGGUGUUCUACCCAACUUCUUCAUCCCAGAUCAGAACCUCCUCUCUGGUUCUGACCAGAAGAAGUGCAUGAGUUUGGCUCAUUGCAUCAAGAAAGAAGUUGAAAACGGCUUUCCUAUUUUCAAGUGACAACCUGGAGGAAGUUGUGCCUAUACCAAUUCCAUAGCAUUUGAAAAAUUGGUAAACUAAACCCAAUGUAAUCUCAAAUUGACAUUUACAAUUUAUUUGUAACAAUUUAUUUCUUUUGUACUGCAGUUACUCUUAUUUGAACCUGUUUAUAAUAAAUGUAUUACUUUUUCAUUCUU